AUGACCAACUCCUGCUGCUCCCCUUGCUGCCAGCCCACCUGCUGCAGGACCACCUGCUGCAGGACCACCUGCUGGAAACCAAGCUGUGUGACCAGCUGUUGUCAGCCCUGCUGCCAGCCCAGCUGCUGUGGCUCCAGCUGCUGCCAGCCCUGCUGUCAAACCACCUGCUGCAGGACCUGCUUCCAGCCAUGCUGUGUGAGCAGCUGCUGCCGCACACCCUGCUGCCAGCCCUGCUGCUGUGUGAGCAGCUGCUGCCAGCCAUGCUGCCAGCCCAGCUGCUGCCAGCCCUGCUGCCAGCCCAGCUGCUGCCAGCCAUGCUGCAAGCCCAACUGCUGCCAGCCCAGCUGCUGCCAGCCUAGCUGCUGCCAGCCUAGCUGCUGCCAGCCCAGCUGCUGCCAGCCCAGCUGCUGUAUCUCCAGCUGCUGCCAGCCCAGCUGCUGCCAGCCCAGCUGCUGUAUCUCCAGCUGCUGCCAGCCCUGCUGCAAGCCCAGCUGCUGUCAGUCCAGCUGCUGCAAGCCCUGCUGCCAGCCCUUCUGCCUCAACCUGUGCUGCCAGCCAGCCUGCUCUGGACCUGUGACCUGCACCAGGACUUGCUACCAGCCCACAUGUGUCUGUGUGCCUGGAUGCCUGUCCCAAGGAUGUGGGUCCAGCUGCUGUGAGCCCUGUGGCUGUUGA